GUUUGAGCGAUGAAGUCAGCAGUAUUACUGCAUCUCUUAUGGUAUUUAGUGGAGUCGCAAGGCCAAGCUUUUCCUCGCAUAUCAUUCUCGGGGGAGAUUCUGCUCAACAAUUCCUAUGUGGACCUCAAUCGUGUGGGGAGCAUUACACUGAGGGAUGGAGAGAGUGUGGUUUGUCACACAGACUUGAGGCCAUGCUGCAGUAUUACUGAAGGGAGUUACCGUGCAGACUGGUAUUUGCCAAAUGGAAGUAGAUUACACUUUAGUCACCAUAAUCGCCCUAUAAUGUUUGAGAGACGCAGGAAUCAAACGGUGGCACUGGAACGUGCGGGAGAUGCAAGCAUGCUGAUGUCUGGGAUUUAUCGCUGCGACAGUCCCACCAACGAGGUUCAUGAUGAAAAUGAUAUCUUCGUUCGUGCCUCAGCCUAUGUCGGAUUGUAUGCAGAUGCAUCUGAAGGAGGUAUUUCAAUGACUGGUGGCAUCAAUGUGAGAGUUAAACAAGACCAGCCACUUGAAUUCACCCUCACCUGUAUCUCCACUGGUGGACCUGCUACCAAUGUCACUUGGACCCGAGACUCCACCACUGUCACCCAAGGAACUGAGACUGUGCUGAAUGACCCAGUGACUGCACUGUACACCCACACUCUGACUGUGACUGGGGCACUGGGAGGAGUCUACACAUGUACUGUAGCCAACAAUAAACCAUCACGGGCAGCUGUAAACAUUGCAAUAGGAGCCCCUCCAGGUGCUCCAGAGAUGUUUAAAGCAAGUGCUGGUGAGAGACAAGUUAACUUCACCUGGUCUCCACCCCCACAAACCCUGCCCAGCGUUCUCAGCUACACAGUCUACUGUACCCCUUCCCUCACUUCCCUUCCACUGUCAGCCCCUACCACUCCUUUCAGUUCAAUCACAAGGGUAGUUGAAGGGUUCUCCCCCAAUACCGUGUACAAUUGCUCAGUGAUAGCUGAAAACUCAGUGCGUGUAGGACCUCCAGCAAACGCAUCAUUCACCACACUUCAAGACUAUUCUUACAUUCAGUUGCACCUUGGUACAGUUCUAGAAGGCUGCCAAUUGUUUGUGAGCACAAAUCAGACAGGAAAGUUGGAGGCUGUUACUGACAUCAUCCUAAAGCUAAUAGCCCAAGAGUGUAUCAGUUGCAACAGUCAAACUAUUAGUGAGGGUCAGUUCAACUGUGACCCCCUUUCUCCCGCAUACGUGACAUAUCGAGCCAGACUGGAGGGAACCUCAGAGACAGACAGUGGUUCCCUCAUACCUCUGAUAGAGGCCUGGGCCAUCAAUGGAACUGCUUUAACAGUAGGUGGAGUGGUUCUGACUGUGAACCCCAGCUGCCCGGUCCCUCUCUCCGCUCUCAAUGAGGAACUUUGCACAGCAGCACUUGCAUUGAGCGUUGGCAUUAAUACCACAUCUGAAUCACCCAGACCCAGCAGCUCCAUCACCCACAGCAACAAUAUUGGUGGGACCACCUCCGAAAACCCCAGUGCCUCCACCGGAACAAUUAGUGCUAUAAUUGGAGGAACAGUGGCUGCCUUCCUGGCUGCAGUUCUUCUAACAGCUGUUGCUCUUGUUGUGACAUUUCGACGAAGGAAAAAGAAGACAUUUAUGAUCCCAAAAGAGCCGAAUCUUCCCACAGUAAACACAAUCACCAAUGCAGUAUAUAAGGCCCAUGAGAAAGAGAAUGAGAGUAUAGAUGACUACGAAAACGUGACAGUCUCCAACCCAUUAGAGCAGGACGAAUCACAAGACACGAUGCAGAAGCCAGAUGUUAAUGUAACGGCCACACAACGAUGGGGGCAGGAUGACGACAUGAUGCAGGAACACGCACAACAGAGGAGUAAUGAUGACAUGAUGCAAAACCAAGAAGAGCAUUAUUUGAAUGUAACGGCCGCACAACGAUGGGGGCAGGAGAGUAAUGACAACAUGAAGCAGGAACAAGAAGUAAACGCACAACAGAGGAGUAAUGAUGACAUGAUGCAAAACCAAGAUCAAGAGCAUUAUUUGAAUGUAACGGCCGCACAACGAUGGGGGCAGGAGAGUAAUGACAACAUGAAGCAGGAACAAGAAGUAAACGCACAACAGAGGAGUAAUGAUGACAUGAUGCAAAACCAAGAUCAAGAGCAUUAUUUGAAUGUAACGGCCGCACAACGAUUGGGGCAGGAGAGUGACGAGGAUUAUGGUGACUCGGAAGUUGCAUAUACUGCUGUUUCCCACAGCCAUGCCCCUGACACCCCACUGUAUGAUGCAGUGUAUCAUUCCUGAACCUCUUGCUCUCAACAAAAUGAAGAGAGUGCUGACUUUAGUAUACACCAUUUUGCAGUUUCAUUUAAAGUAGAUGUACAUAAAUAAUGUAUUGUGAUCAUUGACACCUUUAUGAAGAUUAAAGUGCACACUGAUAGUAUGGGUUUAUGGUCAUUGACACCUUUCAUUGAUGAUGGGAUGUUAUGUAGUCCGUGAGGUAGAGAGUAAACGGAGGUCGGGCUAUAAUUAUAGCGGGAGAUUUCUCUCACUCUGCAAAUGGGGGCAAGAGUCACGUCUUUUUCUCAGAGACUUGUAGGGCAACUGCUUCCCGGCCCAGCCUCUUCUUAAAACAAGAGCCAUGAACGCCAGCCUGUUCCACAUUGGUUCCGCCUCACUUCCACCACACCAAUAUCCCUCUCACCCACAAACUGUUUAGCUGAAGAGUAGGAAACCUCUUCAUAAUAUACACGUUCUCUUUCGCGACACUUGUCUCAGACAAGCAUCACAGGAACAGGUCCCAAUAACGGGGCUUCUUGCAUCAGACUGGGAAUAGAUAAGCUCAUGGGCAUGAUCUUGUGGGCGACCUCAAACGAGUAACAAACCAGAGGGUUGUACACU